AGGAAAGAAAGGAUGGGGAGGGCACAGUUAGUUCUGUUUUGAUUUUUUUUUCCAUUUUUUCAAUUCUAGGCAAAAAAUAGUAAAUGGAUAAAAAGCAAGGCACCCUUGGCCACUAACCAGCACAGGGGCUGAGAAAUCAGGAUACAGGAGCUGAUCCCCAAAAAGUUCUCUCACAAGCAAGGGCAGACCACAGGCUCCUCUUGAUCACUUGGUUGAACACGCAAAAUCAGACUGAUGAAGCCAUCUGUAUCCUGAACAAGCUUUGUCAUCUUAAAAAAAAAAAAAAAAAAAAAAGGAAGAAGAAAAAAUAAAAAGCAAAAGAGCAGAUGCUUCUCUUCCAAGCAGGAUUAAUAUCCAGUGACUGAAUAAACUGAGAUCCUUCAGAACUCUCUUCCACAGUACGAAGGGGGAAAUGAGUGAUCUCUACAACUUUACCAAUGGAACUGGAAAUAAUAGUCUCUGUACCAGAGAUUACAAAAUCACCCAAGUUCUUUUUCCUCUGCUCUACACGGUCUUGUUUGUUGUUGGAAUCAUCAUGAACAGUCUAGCAAUGGGAAUUUUCUUCCAAAUCCCCAGCAAAUCCAACUUCAUCAUCUUCCUCAAGAACACCGUCAUAUCCGACCUGCUCAUGAUACUGACUUUUCCUUUCAAAAUCCUCAGCGACGCAAAGCUGGGAGCAGGGCCACUGAGGGCAUUUGUGUGCCAAGUCACCUCUGUCAUAUUCUACUUCACGAUGUAUAUCAGCAUUUCUUUCCUUGGUCUGAUCACCAUCGACCGUUACCAGAAAACUACCCGGCCAUUUAAAACAUCCAACCUCAGCAACCUACUUGGCGCUAAGAUUCUGUCCGCUGUGAUUUGGAUAUUCAUGUUCCUCCUGUCCUUGCCAAACAUGAUCUUAACCAACAAGAAACCAGUGCACUUGAAUGUGAAGAAAUGUGCUUUUCUGAAGUCAGAGUUUGGCCUGGUAUGGCAUGAAAUUGUCAACUACAUCUGCCAAGUCAUUUUCUGGAUCAAUUUGCUUAUCAUAAUUGUAUGCUACACACUGAUCACAAAAGAGCUCUAUCGAUCCUAUGUAAGGACAAGGGGGGUAGGGAAAGCACCUAAAAAAAAGGUAAAUGUCAAAGUGUUUAUUGUCAUCGCUGUAUUUUUUAUUUGUUUUGUGCCCUUUCAUUUUGCCAGAAUUCCCUACACCCUCAGCCAAACAAGAGAUGUUUUUGACUGUACUGCUGAGAAUACCUUAUUUUAUGUAAAAGAGAGCACACUGUGGCUGACUUCCUUAAAUGCAUGCUUAGAUCCAUUCAUAUAUUUUUACCUCUGCAAAUCCUUUAGAAAUUCCUUGAUGGGCAUGCUGAAACACAGAAAUGCUCCUACGAUGUUCUCACCCCAGGAAAUCAGAAACAAAGGGCAAAAUGAUAGCAGCCCAUCAGAAGAGAUCCCGUUAUAGAAUAAAGAGGCAUUGAAAAAACAUUCCCAUUACUCUUUGUUGAAGAAAGCACUAUAUAAAUAAAAGUAUUACAGCUUACUGAGAAGUGAGUUGAUGGACAAACUUACUGAAACAAAGAAGUUUUUGGAAAAAGCCAAUAAAAUAUUUUAUUAAGCUUCA